CUCUCUCUCUCUCUCUCUCUCUAUCUAUCUCUCCCAGGGUGGUAUGUAGAGUCCAGACAGUAGACUCCAGCUCUAGUGAGUGGAGGAACUCGUACCUUAUGAGUCAAGGUAAAGACACACGGACCAUCUACGACAUGCUGCGUCACCUGAGCGGACAGACACUUCCUGGUGUGAGCACCAACCAAUCGCUGCCCUGCAACCUCACUGAGCGCGUGCAGCAGCUGCUCCACUGGAACACAGUGCUGCUGGCCUUCCUCAGGAGGCAGGGAGCCUGUCUGUCCCACAUCAGACCCGAGUACCUGUUAGACUCCCAGGAGUUCAGCCACUGGAGCUCUCUACAGGCCCAGUCCCAGUGUGAUCAGAGGGGGCUGGACUACAGCAGCAAGGUCUUUGAAUCCCUCAGUAAAAGGGCUUGGAUGGAUGUUCUACUGCAGACCUACAAGGUGCUAGUCCUGCCGCGGGUGACAGAGGGUCCCUUGUCCCUGGGCCUCCAGAGCUGUGACAGUGGCAGCAUGGAGCAGCAGGUCCCCAGGAUAGACCCAAUGCCCCUGACCUCUAACGUCUACUCCACCUGGGAGAGGAGGCUACUCACCUGGCUCAACCUGCACUACCACAGCAUGAGGACUACUGUCUGGAGCCCACUCACCUCUACAGGAGACGUCCCAUCAGCCCGCUGGGUGGUGAACUUUGACCUGGACCUGGCAGACGGCCUGGUUCUGGCUGCUGUGCUGGCUGCCUACUGUCCCUUUCUGAUCCCCAGUCAUCUCCAGAGGAUGUACACCAGCAUCAGCCGCCUGGAACAGAACCUCCACAACAGUAUCAUCCUCAGCCAGGCCUUCACACUGCUCUGUCUGGACAUAGACAUCCAGCCCACAGAGCUGUCAGACUCGAACCCUGUUCUGAUGUUGAUGCUGUGUGUUUACCUGUAUGAGAAGCUGCCCCAGUACCUUCCCAGGAGAACCAUCACCCUGUCUGGCAGCCUGCACCACACCUUCACCAAGCAGGUGCGUCUGAAGAGCCCGUCCUCCAGAACGAUGUUCUACCAUGCCUCCAUCGUAGGGAAGGAGGCCCAUCAUUUCUCCUUGCCCCAAGGAGCUUCCAUCACCAUCCCUCCUAAGGGGCGUUGUGUGGAGGUGACCGUGCAGUACUCCUGUUCCUUCCUGAGGCCAAUGGAGGCGGUGCUACUGCUGACAUCACGCUCUGCCUCCUCAGCCAGUCCCUCUGGAGCCACCCUGGCCUUCAGCCUCAAGACCCAGGUCACACACAUCACCCCCAGCGGGAUAGUGAAGUGUAAAUCUCCAUGUUACCAGCUGAAGGAGCUCCAACUUAAAGUAAAAAACCCUUUCAGCAAGGAUGCCACGUUCAGGGUGGUGUUGGUGGAGUCUAAAGCCAACAUACUACAGGUGGAGAAGAGUCAGGGAGCCUCAUUCAACAGUUCUCCUUUAGGACCAACCCCAGCUCAGACAACAACACCAGAUAGGUUGAAUGGUGGAACUGAAUGUGGUGAGUGGGAGGACAGUGACCUUCACUGUGAUCCUGCAGAUGAGUGUGGUGUGAAUGAGUUCUUCAGUCCUGUCAGGAGUGUGAGUCUGGCGGCUGGACAGACAGAAACCAUAGAGCUCCACUACCUGCCCUUCCACCUGGGGAAAAGACACUGCUCCGUCCUGCUAGUCAGCCAGCAGGUUGGUGAGCAGGUGUAUCUUGUGGAGGGGACAGCAGAUCUUCCUCUGUCCUCCCCUCUGACCACAAAGCCCAGUCCUAAUGUAGUCCAUGUUAGCAGCGCCACCUCUGAUGGUGCUGAUCCCAGGCCUGCGGUGAACCUGCGUUGCGGCGUGGGCAGCACCCUGGAUGAGGUGGUGUGUGUCCCCCUGGUUAACGGGCUGUGGGAGCGGGCGCUGGCCACCGUGGGGCAGCAGAGGAUGAGCCCUGUGGAGAAGAAGAGGCGCAGCCUCACACACACUCUGGACAGCAGCACCGUCCGGGCCGGGGUGGCGGCCGCUGCACUCACCACCUCACAGGUAGACAGUAGACACACACACUCUGGACAGCAGCACCGUCCGGGCCGGGGUGGCGGCCGCUGCACUCACCACCUCACAGGUAGACAGUAGACACACACACUCUGGACAGCAGCACCGUCUGGGCCGGGGUGGCGGCCGCUGCACUCACCACCUCACAGGUAGACAGUAGACACACACACUCUGGACAGCAGCACCGUCCGGGCCGGGGUGGCGGCCGCUGCACUCACCACCUCACAGGUAGA